AGCCACGCUCGCUCGCCAUCUCUCCCCAAGAGGUCCCCACCUCCCGGGGAGUUUCAUCCUCGGGUUUCUGCAGCUCCUCCCGGUUCCUUAAACCGGGACGGUCUCCUUGCCACACCGCCUGCUGUUCUCUUUCCAUUUCUCUCCGCGCGCUCUCUGAUCUUGGAGCCGCCGAGGCUGCUGCUGCUGCUGGGACCCGGCGGCCUCGAGUCUCCGGAGACAGUGGUGGGUGGGGAAGUCGGUGGCAGGUGCUUCAGGUCCUUCCUGGGCUGUGCGCCAUGAACGAAGAUGGCGUGGACAACCCGGCUUUCGAGCCUUCCAGCCCGGAGGGCGCCGAGCACAAGCGGGCGGCGCUCUCCGCAGGCCGCCUCGGCCAUCCGGCGUUGAGCGCGUCCUGCAGUUUGGACCCGGAGGAGCACCUCUGCGGCAUCGGCAGGUUCGCGCCCGCCGCGCUGCAGGUCUGCAACAACCCCAAGGGCUACUUGCUCUUCUACAGUCUCCUUUCCGUCUUCCAAGGCAUUGUGGUAAACGGACUGGUAAACGUGAGCAUUUCCACCAUUGAGAAGCGUUAUGAUUUGAACAGCUCCCUCACUGGUAUAAUCUCCUCUGGCUAUGACAUUUCCUUCUGUUUGCUCUGCCUUUUUAUAUCCUUCUACGGAGAAAGAGGGCACAAACCAAGAUGGCUGGCCUUUGCAUCUUUUUUGAUAGCACUAGGAGCACUUGUUUUUUGCUUGCCACAUUUUACUGCUGGACCAUAUAUAUAUGGGGAUAAAGCAGAAGAUACCUGUCCAGUAAACCUGGCUGCAAUUAAGAAUGCCACAUGCAAACCUGGCUUAAAAAAGACUGAACUCUCCAACUACUUCUACGUUUUCCUGCUGGGACAGCUGAUAAUGGGAGCAGGUGGGACUCCUCUUUACACACUGGGAACAGCUUUCAUUGACGACAGUGUCCCCAAGCACAAGUCUUCAGUCUACAUAGGAAUUGGUUAUGCCAUGUCAUUGAUGGGUCCAGCUAUCGGUUAUGUAUUAGGAGGACAGCUGCUUAACAUUUAUGUUGAUUUCCAUCGUCACCCGAGACAUGACAUCACUCCAGAAGAUCCACGUUGGGUUGGAGCUUGGUGGGUAGCGUUUGUUGCAUGCAGUUUCUCUACGUGCCUUUUGGUAGCACCGUUUUCAUAUUUCCCAAAGCAAUUGCCAGGUACGCACAAAAUACGAGCCGAAAAGAUUUCUGAAGCGCAUCAUGGUGGAGCUGACGUUCAGUCUGAAUAUGGUGGGAGGAGUCUCAGAGACUUUCUGCUGACACUCUGGAUGCUUCUGAGGAACCCAGUGCUGAUGUGUCUUGUACUCGCUGCCUCAAUGGAAGCCUGUGUUGCCACUGGCUUUGCAACUUUCUUGCCCAAAUUUAUAGAAAACCAGUUUGGAUAUACAUCUAGCUAUUCAGCCACCUUAGGGGGACUUGUGUUGGUCCCAGGAGCAGCAGUAGGUCAAAUCAUAAGUGGUAUCUUAGUUUCCAAGCUCAAACUAAAUUGCAAAAGCAUACUCAAGUUCAUCGUCCUUACUUGUUCAGUGGCACUUGGAUUCAAUAUGGUCUUUUUAAUUGCUAUAUGUGGGAAUACGCCAUUUGCGGGUGUCUCAGAAAAUUAUAAUGGGACAGGCACAUUAUCAAACUUAACUGCGCCUUGCAACUCCCACUGUAGAUGCUUGCGUUCAAACUAUUUACCAGUCUGUGGCACAGACGGAGUCCAGUAUUUUUCUGCAUGUUACGCAGGAUGUACCUCUGCUGUUACUAUUCAAGACGGUUCAAAGGUCUUCACCAACUGUGACUGUGUUGUGAAUCCCAAAUCUACCAUUGAGAAUAUCAUCUAUGGGGCUACCCCUGGGAAAUGUGCAUCAAACUGUACAUCCCUGUCUCUGUUCCUUGGCUUUUUCUUCUUCACUAUUGUUUUUACGUUCAUGGCAGUGACACCAACAACAGUGGCCAUUCUAAGGUGUGUACCAGAAAGGCACCGAUCAUUUGCUAUGGGGGUUCACAUGCUCUUUCUACGAAUUUUGGGCAGCAUACCUGGGCCAAUCCUCUUUGGUGUUUCAAUAGACAGUACCUGUACACUUUGGGAUAUAGAUAAGUGUGGACGUAAAGGAUCAUGUUGGACCUAUAACAACCACAGAAUGGCCUAUAUGCUAGUGGGCAUAAGCGUCAUUGCCAAAGUCAUCUCCAUCAUUUUUACUGUUACAGCAGUUUUCAUAUAUAACCCUCCACCAGAGCAACUGGAGUCUUCAGAGAAGAAAGAAGAAGCAGUGACUUCUGUACAACUUUAACACAGCAAACCCCUAAAUUUUUCAUAGAAACUCUCACGCAAAAACUAAGACUGAAGCGAUGGCUUUCUAAGAAUGUGUCAUAGCAGCUGGCUCUGCUAAAUAUGAAUCAUGCCAGCACCAGAGCACAUCUUGAGCAACUGUUUCAAGUUUUUUUUUUAAAAAAAAUAAAAAAUAAAAUAAACACAGCCUGUCAGGUUUAUUUCAGUCACCUCAAACAAUGUUUGAUUCAGGAAAAAUACCAUGAGGUUGGAUCCAGACUUUCCAGAAAUGCAACUCCAUUAAGAGUAUUCUUCCACUAGGUGAGAAGAUGGGGAGAAGAGGAAAUAUGCACUGAUUUCCCACUUCCUUCCUCAACAUCCUCUGACAACCUCCCAAAUUUGUACCAGCCUGGGAGGAAGAGGGGUUGGGGGUUGCAGAGGAAAGAGGAAACCGACAAAAAUUGCCUCCAGAAAUAAACCCCAUGUGAAUCUCUUCUGCAAACAGAAAAGGCAAAUCUGGAUCCAACCUCCUAGAAUGCUGCAGAAUAUAAAAUAGCACUUUGUUUUAAUCUUAUGUCGAAGAGAUCAAUCAUUCGGAGGCACAUUUAAAUUUUAUGUUGUUUCUUUCCAGUCAUCAGCAGCUAUGUGCAAUUGGCUUUAGGAGCUUGUGUGCCACUAGCAGAUUUAUGACACUGCUGAACCCCACAGAAGCACUUUCUGUAUGAAAUAGCAGAUACAUGUAACUACUGCUGUUUUGCAAAUAAUGACAGCCACAUGCAUAGACCCCACUUAUUCAUGCAGUUGGUAUCUCCACAAGCCCAGCAGUUGCCCCUAUACUCCUGAGCGUCUGACCUGACCUGUCAGUGAACUGUGAUGCACUACAGAGUAUUAGCCACCUAAGAGCUAAUUUUACUUGUUUAAAGCUCUUGUAAUGUUUUCUACAAACCAGGCACACUGUGCAACAAUACUGUUGGCUAGUUGACCAGAGAUGCAAAGUGCUUUAAAUUUAUUUGCACCUCUGUCUCUCAAAGGAUAAAUGUGGAUUGUUUACAUAGCUUGCCAGGUUGACAAAACUGAGUGUCUGUUUUGUAGGUUUUCUUUGACUUGUAGGCUUUGACUUGACAGAAACGGUACAAUUACACAAUGUGAAAAUCUUUCUAGCGAUUUCCUUGAAUUCUUUUGUUGAGCCACACAAAGAA